AAUAUUUUUCAGCUAGUGUAGGUAGGGUAAUAAGGUGUAACAUUACUGACUUCGGUCAGCGUGGUGGGGUAAUGGGGUCGGAUGUGAGAGAUUUCUCGCGGCUGACGCUCGGGCAUGGUUGCAAAUGUAUGCCCGACGCCGCGGUAUCUGUGGAGGAUUGUCUGAUAGCCGUGAGUGCGGCGGUCGGAGGCGCUCAUAUCAGAUCGGCCUCCCGCAUGAAUAAGGCCAUUGUAAUAUUUUUGAGUGAAAGUCAAAUGGUGGAUGAUCUAAUUGAAUCUGGAUUAAUAAUCAAAGAUACUUUUGUACCCGUUUUGCCUUUAUCAAGCCCAUCGAAAAAAGUUGUGUUAUCAAAUGUCCCCCCUUUUGUAAAAAACGACCGUUUAGAGCAAAUACUCCAGAGGUAUGGAAAAAUAGUGAGUCCUAUAAAAAUGAUUCCGCUUGGAUGUAAAAACCCCCAAAUUAAGCAUGUUAUGUCUUUCCGCCGUCAGGCUUUCAUGAUCUUAAAUCCUCAGAGCGAUUCAUUAAAUCUGUCUGUUAAACUGAACAUUGAUGGCAAGGAUUACACUAUAUUCAUUAGCUCUGAUUCCAUGAGAUGUUUUAUCUGUGGUGCUUUUGGACACAUCAGGCAAACAUGCCCGAAUCGGGACAGGCCGGCGGUGUCUGAUGUGACUCGAGCUGCUGAGGCGGAGAACAGUGAGCGAGUGACGGGCGAGGAUGCCGCUGCGGCCGCUGUGGCUUCACAACCCCAGCCGGCUGAUGCGCUUUCCGCGCCGGGUGAUUCACCCGAGGAGAGACCGGGGCAGGUUCCCUCUAAAGACGGCCUAAAGGCUGCUGAAGAGGCGCCUGGGCCGAGUCAUAUCCCCGCUGUACCGCCGGCAGAUGUUAGCCGAGUACUCUCGCAGCCUGUGCCCGAGACCGAGGCGCUUAAUAGAAAAGAAAAAAGGAAACUUGACAAAACUGUUACCGAAACCACCGAUGACUUAUUAAAGCAAAGCCAAGAGGAUAUCUCAUCUCAGGAGCUAAUGGAUUUAGAGUCACAAAAUGAAGAUUUGGACAAUGAAUAUGAGGAUAUUGAGACCACUGAAAAUGACACCAUGUAUUCAGAAUUGGCUUCUGGAGUGUUGUUACAGGAUGUAGGCUGUGACGUUUUGCUCAAGACUCUUGAUGGUUUGUCUUGGAGGAGCCGUAUUGAGGAUCAGGGACUUCACAACAGCGUCAGGUGGACACGACAGGCCCUUCAGCAGGGUGAGGAAGAGGAUGAAAAUGGAGCUGUUGAAGAAGAUCAGGUUCUGAUGGUGAUCUCCCAGAAUGACUUUCAUGACAUAGUGACAUCACAUAACAAAAACACCAAUCAGUUGGCUCCCACUGGUGAGAUGAUAAAGGGGGCGGAGUCACUGUUCCAACGACUCUCUGAAUACUUCAACAGAGUGUCUGGGAAAGUUGUCACGAUUCUAGUGACGGGUCAACACGAAAGAGGAGGAUCAUGGGAUGAAGAUGAUGUCGAUUCUCACUUCUAUCAUCUGGAGACAGAAGAGCUAUUGGUUCACCUCCAGCUUUAUUGGAAUGUGGCUGUUCACUUCCUGUUUGGCUGGGAGGAAGUGACUGAUCAUGUGAUCGCUGUUACCAAAGCUUUAUCCAAGAGACCUUACAAAGCGUUGUGCGGCGAUCCCGAGCUGGGCUUCUGCAUGGACGGCUCAUGGUCAGGAGGUGUGCGGGUGGACAGAGACGGCCGUGGUCUCGCUCAGGUGUGGACGCGUCAGAUACAGCAGCUGAACCGCGUCAGUGUACCCACGGCCAAAGCUGUGACAACCGCCUACCCCUCAGCUUCACUCCUACUGCAGGCCUAUGAAGAGCUGCCGUCUGAGGAGGAGAGUCGCAGGCUGUUGGCCGAUCUCAUUGUGGGAGGCGGGGUCAAAGAGAGGCGUGUCGGUCCUGAUGUCUCAGGGCGUAUACAUCGCCUACUUACUUCCCAGAAUCCUCAUCUCCUGCUGGAUUAAAAUUGAGACUAAUUGGAAUUGUUGGAGAAAUCGCACAUUCUGCACUUUAAAAUAACUGACUGUUAAAUACAAACUCAUUGGUGCCAGUCAUCACAGUUUGAAACUUCUGUCAUUGAGAACAUUGAUUAUGUUUGAAAUUGAAUAUAAGAACUCAGGAGUGCAUUCAGUGUUUAAAUUUGAUCAGUAUGUGUAUUGACUGGGAUUGUGUGAUUAGUUUUGAUGAUGAGUUUGCUGCCACUUAAAGAGGUCAUAUGACACGUCUAAAACGAAUAUUAUAAUUGGUUUAAGAUGUAAUUAAAUGUGUAAACAUGAUUUAAGGUUCAAAAACUACUGCAAGCGUGUGACAGAAAUGUAGCGCUUCUUACCAUAUUUGGAACAUCAGGUUCCAUAGCAAUUGUACUGACAGGUACACACACCUUACUUGUGUAUAGAUUUGGGCGGUCUUUGUCAACUAACUGACAUAGAUUUGUGGGGGGGGGUGGUUACACAAGGCAUUUCAGGCAGGUCUGGGUGAGCAUUCGCUUUUAGAUAGAAUGCAUCUUUUGUUCUGACACUUUAAUUUUUGCAAUUGUAUGUGACCAAUACAUGCAUGGGCAACAUAUAACACACCAAAGACACAGAAAAACACGUGUUCGUGCCAUAUGACCCCUUUUAAAUUAGAUAUCACAUUACCACAAACUAAAAUAAUAAUAAAUUUGAUUCUAAGAAAAAACA